UUUAUUUAAUAUUAUUGACAAAAAUAACUUAUGAAACAGAUUGGAUCUAUUAUAUGUAUAUGUUUAGACAUAAUAAGAUGCUAAGAGACAUUUUGAGAAAUAUAUAAAGUUUAGAGUACUGAAAAUUAAUAUAGCAAUUUAAUUAUAUCAAUCUUUAAUGCUAAUUUUUAAUACAGCUACUUUGACAACAUAACCUAAGAAAAUGGAUGGAAAUGCCAAUCAGUGUCGAGGUUACAAAUCACAACAGAAGAAGGGCCAAUAAGAGUGUUCGUCCCUUACAAGCUCUCCAAGCGAUUAUUCAUUGUGUCUAUCUGUGUUCCUUUAUUGUAUAUGUAUCAGUAGUACCAGAAUAUACUUCAGUAUACAUAUAGUAAAUGUAUUGUUGAAACUUGUGUUGACAUUUCUAGUGACAUAACCCUUAAGAUUGAAUCGCAUUAUUGUUUUUAUCUUUGAAUCGGAUUUUAUAUUUAUACACAACUUUUUCUUAAGCUGGCAAACUCUAAACUCACAUCUAUUUAUUAAAUGCUUGAUGUGUGCGCAGUGACUGAUAAGGUUAUAAAGUGAAUAUAUCAAUCAUUUAUACACUUAUAGACACAAACAAUGGCACAAGCAACCACUAUUGAAACAAUCACUAUUACUAGACCUUUCAAGAUAUAUUAUUAUAAAACAAUAAAAAUUAUUCUAAAUCACGAAGUGAUCAAAAUAUCAUAAAUGGAAUUUGAUUUAAAAAUAUCAAUCAAUAUGACUAAAUUUCGAAUUCCAAUGUUAUAUGACUACUAUUAUUAAUAAUUAGACUGGAGAUGUUUAUUCAUUUUUGGGAAGUUUAAGGGUGUAAAAACCCACAUAAUAUUUAAAGUACUGUACUUUAUAAUAUUUAGUGGAUGAAAGAAAUUUCUAUUUGCCUCCAAAUUUUUUAAUUAUGUUCAUAAAAAUAUAAAAAUAUAAAAAUAUAUAAACAUCCGCAUUUUAUUAAUAACAUACAAUAUAUCAAUGAAGGUAGAAUAUAUAUAUCAAUAUCCACUUAAGAAAGCUGAAUUAUUUGUACAGUCACGUGAUUAGGAAAAUUUCUAUAAAUGGAAGCGUUCGUCUCAAGUUUCGUCUAUCCUAAAAAGCACCCUCUAUCACGUACGCGCACUGCGCCACGACCUUUAAUGGGCGCAGCUUCCCUGGAACCCAAUUACUCCCCCAACUUCGGAUGGAGAUUGUCUCUGUUCGAUCUUGCUAGCCAAACGAUAUCUUUCCAUUUUUUUUUUAGUGAAUAAACCAAUGUAGAAACAAAGGAGAUAGCUCUACCAACAAAAUGUACUUCGCGUGGCGUUCGAAGCGGGAACUUGAUUAGAAAAGUUAUUGUUUUAUUCGUAUCGAACAAAGGUAUAUAUACGGGAAACGCGAGCUGUGUUUACCCUGGAAGUGUUUGUCAUUUUGGGAGAGUUCCAUGUUUCUGAAUCGUUUCUAAAUGCUUUCUCGACAUCUGUUGAGGGUGAUGUGCGGAGGAGUGUACGAUGUCCCGUAAAUGGUAUUCGUUGAAGAGACCAAAGAAAGUGUGAAGAGUUCGAGACCCUCUUAAUUAGAUAGGUGCAUUUUGGUUUUGUCCGUUGGGACUAAUCUUAAUAGUGUACGCUGGAUUUACGAUGAUCAUGUAUACAGUCGCGGAAGAUCACAUGGGCGAUACUGAGAUCGCACAGGUGAUAGCAUUCAUAUGUGGAAUAAUAGUAAUAUUAUUAAUGAUAAUGGGCUUAGCCUCUACCGACUGGUUAAUGGCAUUGGGAUGGAGACAAGGUCUAUUUGCACAUUGCAUUGAAGAAGCAGCACCUACUCCUCUCCCAUUUAAUGUGCCAGAUUCGGCAGGAUGUUUCCAAGCUAGAGAUGUUGCUUAUAUAAAAGCAGCUGCUGCCUUAUGUGUCGUAUGUCUAAUAACAGAUAUUGCAGCAACGAUCCUCACUGGUCUUGGUUUGAGGUCACAAGAUAAUCGUGACAAACAUAAAUAUUAUAGAUUUGCAGUCUUCUGUAUGGGAUUUGCAUUGGUAUCACUCUUAAUAGCUUUAGUAAUAUACCCAGUGUGUUUUGCUGCAGAACUUAACUUUGGAAACCGACCAAUGUGGGAAUUUGGUUGGGCAUACGGAGUUGGUUGGGGUGCGGCUAUAUUUUUGUUUGGUGGAGCUGUGUUGUUAUUAUGCGACAAGGAAAGCGAAGAAAUUUAUUACAAAGAAAGAAAAAUCGUUCGCGAUGAUAUCGGCGGCGGCGGUUCUAUGAUUGGUAUGGGACAUCAUAGUGGACGAAGUGGGACGCAAUUAGCCUAGUGGCAUUGCUCCCUGCCCGACGUUGUUCUCUAGGUGAUUAAUUUCUUCUUUUUCUGUCCUCACCAUUUGAUACAUUUAUGGAGAAAAACGUACACAUGUAUAAGAGUGAAUGGUUUUUAUAUAUAGUCUACUUGUUACACCAGCAUGUAUUGGACAUAAUUAUCACUUUGAUAUAGGAUGUACGAAACAUCUUAUCGACGAAAACAAGGUUCGUAAAUUGACUGAAACUUGAUUAAUUCGUUCGUGGGUUACCAAUUUCCAAUUUCUCAUAGUAACAAUUUUGGGACCAUUGCUCCAUUCAGUUUAUUAUAAAAUUAUGUAUUAUGUAUAUUAUAUAACCUCAAAUAUUUUUUACGUAGUGUGUUUAUAUCAUUCCUUUUAAAUUUGUUAAUUAACUUUUCAUACCAUUAUUACAAUGAUAGCAUUGAUGUUGCGUUUCUUACCUGUGAAACAUUACAACAAAGCUACAAUUAUUAUUGCUUAUUUUUAAAGUAAAGUGACAAAAGCCACAAUUAUUAUUGCUUACUUUUAAAGUAAAGUGACAAGCAAUAUUUUUAAUAUGAAUUACUCAAUCUGCUAGCAUUUAUAACUUUUGUGUAUAAAUUUAUUACUGUGCCUGCAUCCACAAUGUAUUAUCGUAUUUGGCCGACGUUAAAAAUGAGAUUUGCCGUUUGAAAAUAGCAAACAAUACCGGAGUACUUAAAUAAAAUUUGAUACUUCUUCAUUUAUGAAGAUUUGUGCAAAGAUUCCAGUAACAAAAAGUUAAAAAACAUACGAGUAAUUAAUACGUCCAUAGGCUCAGAUACUGCCUGAUCUUUAGUCAAAUAAUGAGUAUCAUUUAUUAUUAUUUUUAUAUAAAAAUUGCAGCUUUGAUUUAGUUACUAUUUAUUAGUUAUGUUUAUUUCUUAUAUAUUGUAUGUACAUAUACAUUUAUAUGUAUAUAUAUUAGAUGCUAGUAAUUUAUUACUUGCUUGCAUUUAUUUUUCUUACUAUUAUCGAAAGUGAUAUUUGCUUUAAUCAAAUGAUUUAUAUUAUCAAGGUGUUCACUAGUAUUUUUGGUAUAUUAUUAUUAUUUAUAUCUUCGUACAUUUUGCAAUAAAACUGCAUUUAUUUUUCUUACUAUUAUCGAAAGUGAUAUUUGCUUUAAUCAAAUGAUUUAUAUUAUCAAGGCGUUCACUAGUAUUUUUGGUACAUUAUUAUUAUUUAUAUCUUCAUACAUUUUGCAAUAAAACUUGGCCAAAAAUUGUUUUAAGCGAUAUAUUGUGAUUACAUACACGCACACAAAUUAUAUAAAUGAAAUAACAAAAAUUUCAAGUGGUCUUCUGUGCUGAAGGAAAGUAGCACCUAUGAAGAAAAUAAUUCCAUACUUGGGCACAUUAUUGAUUAGUAUAAAUUUUGAUUAAUUAUUAAUUUUAAGGUAUUUUGAGAUGAAUGAUGUAUUAUAUAAUGAUCAAAUUUUCCAUCGCAUAACUAUAAUUUUACGGAUAAAUUAUCAUUAAUUCCUAUAUAUUAUUUCCAAGAUUUUUAUACAGAUUAUUCUAAAGUCUUUCUUUGUUAACAAAAGUGCAAAUGUGCAAAUUUUUUUCUACUGUACUCUAGAACAUGUAGAUGCAUGUAAUUUUCAUUUUUCAAGUACAGUUAUUUAAAUUAUAAAUAUUUUUUAUUGCAAAAAGUGCAUGAAAAAACAGAACAAUGUAAUUCUGAAACUGAUAUGGUAUUUGAUUUAAUUAUAAAGAAUAUCUUUAGUUGUUUAUCUUAUAUAUCUCCAAUUGAGGCAAAGAUGUUUAAUUGUAAAUUUUUAUUCGUGUAGAUGGUUUAGUUUCAUAUUAAUAAUAAUAAUAAUAAUAAAAAUGACUAUUUUGUUCUGCCUUAAUUUAAACGAGUAAAAUCAUUAAACUUAAAUAAAUAAAAUCAUGUAUAUCUAUCCUUUGUCAAUAUGUUAAUGUAAUUAAAUGUUCAAGGUAAUAUGUAUAAAUUGAACAAAUUAUAAGGCUGGUAUGAAUUGUUAUAAUAAUUUAUAUAUCUCAAUAUUUUCAUUAUAUUUUAUUUUUAUUUAAUAAAAGGAAAGAUUAGUAUGUGUCAUCGUAUUAAGAGUCAUCAUAUUAAAUUAUCACACCAUUUACCAAGCAUGUAUGCAAUGUGAGAGCUGAAAUAUGUAUGCAUUAUAAGUUUCUAAUGAUAUUUUCAAUAUUACAGAAAUGAAAAACAAAAACAGUAAUAUUGAAAAUUCAUUAAAUUGGAUAAAAACAAAUUUCUAGCAGUAUUAUGUAUUUCAUAGUAACUCUUAAUUGGUAACCAUAUCUUUUUUCCACUUGAUUUUUAUGGAAUGAACAUUUCAUAAUUUUCAUCUACCGUCUGUAAGGAGAAGUUUCAACUUCCCCGUGAAUUAAAUAUAUUUUAAGUUAAAAACAGCACCAAAUAUUUAAGUGUGCGACAGAAUAGAGGCAGCUCGGGCAGGUAUUAUCUAUUAUGUUAUCUGCAUUACAUACGUGUACGUAUAUGUAUAUAUAGGUAUUUUAUAAAUACAUGUAAUAGAAUGAUACAGUUGCAGUUAUGGCGACACUCUAAUAAGAAAAAGGUUUGAAACAGUAAACCCGUACAUGCACUUCGUAUGACGCGGCAAAUCAAUCAUGCUUUUUACAAUGAAAGACAAAUUCGUAUUUUAAUGUUAAGAAGUUACAGUGCGUUUGAUUCUUUAACAAACACUGUCGAUUUGCGCCUUUCGAUUUUGAUAUACUUUUAAACGAAGUACCGUGUAAGAUUUAAGCAUAUAAUUAAAUAUCGAAAUAUGUUUGAAGAUGGAGAAAAAUGAACAAAUUACGAUAUGUUAAUUAAGAGGUUUAUAAAUAACAACAAACAACUUAUAUGCAUAAAAAAGGAGGAUAUUUCAUGUUAUCACAAACCGAAUAUAUAAUGUAAGUAUUUUGUUUGUACGUGCAUCUUUUCUGCUGUACUUUAUACUUUAAUACUUUAAAAUAAAAAAACAGGGAAUAGAAAGUAAAGUUUCAAGAAACUAAUGUUCUAAGAUGUUGCAAAUUGUAAUUUCUGAGAAUUUAUGUAAUCGAAUCCACGUUUCGAAGUUGCAAUCAAGAGAAAUCACCAUUUUUAACUUAAAAGAAAAUACCGCUAUAUAUAGCGAUCUAUUAAAUGACUGUCAACAAAGCUUGUAUUUCUGUAUUAGAAGUGCAAUGUAGAUAAAUUCAUUUUCCGCUCUACUAUCACGAUAUAUGUAUAUGUAAGCAAACAGACGAAGAUGAUUGUAAUUAAAUAACUAUAGAUGUAAUGUAGAAUUAAUAGAGCACCAUACCAGAGUAAAAAAACCUUAGUAGUUUGUUACAUACAUGCAUACAUACAGUCUUGAAACAAAAAUGAAUUCUCUGUCAUGUAUAAUAAAUAUAUACAUAUAUUGAAAUUAAGUAGUGAGAUGAAAACAAUUAAAUGAAUGCUGCUGUAAAUCUGUAAUUUCUGUAAUGUCUUUAUUAUGUAUUUUUUCUUCGAGAUAUUACACUUAUGUUAACAAAACGUUAUAGAGAAGUUUUUGUUACCAGAGAAUUGUUUCAAUGAUGAUUAUUUUCUAAUUUGUACAUUGUAAUAAAUAUACAUCAUAUUCUAAUACGUGAGAAGGAAACUUUUAAAGAAUUAUUUACAGGAGCAAAACUAUGUUGUAGAUUUAUCGUACGUAAAAAAGUUCAUGAAAAAAGGUAACUGACAAAAGUAGUGAAACGUAAAAUACUUAACAUUUCAUAUUGUAUAGUACACAUAUCGUACUUAUUCAUGCAUAUCGUAGUAGGUCUCAUGAAAGUUAUUAACGUAGGAAUAAAAAAAUGUGUAAAUUCGUUUUCUGCGUUAAGAAAUAUUCGAAGCGAUAUGAGCAGAAUUAUAUGUAGGAAUAACAAAUUAUUUAUGCGCCAUAUUAUAAUGUAAACAUAUCGUAAUAUUGUACAAAGAAUAAACCGUAUACCUGAAAACCAA